CCUAACCUAGCUUUUAUAUAUGUUUGCGAGGUUUGUUUUUCAGUUACUGGUUAUUUUUUGAAUUAUUAAGUUUUAAAAGCCAUGGAUAACGAUCUGGAAAGAUCGGUGCGAUUUCUGGAAGACGCUCUGUCGGCACCUAGUAGAGGUUUAUUCAAAAAGAAAUUCACCAGCACCAGAAAUGAGAAUAUUUCCGAACUAUCCACCGAAGUAGAACCGGCGUUAAAGGAUAUAAUCAGAAGGGACUUUUCCACAUACGAUAGCACAGUUUCCAAAAUUUUACAAUCCGAUCAAUCUAUAACAGGGAACGUUCUUCAAUCUAGCACCGCUCCCUGGAAGGGUACCUUCGAUAGUUUGUACACUGAAUUCUUCGAAGUACUUUCCACACACUCGGGCGAGUUUGCUAUAUUAGAUAUCGUAACUGACCUAGCACGGUGCUGCUCGGACGCUCUCGAGAUCAUCCGAAGCUUGAAAUCGAAAGUAGCUGUCAGUCGCAUAGAGGAAGAGAUCAGCCUGGAAAAAGAACGAAACACUUGGAGGUUAUUGUUCGUACUCUACCAAGACAGAUUAAUGUCUCAAAAUGCCAUGGAAGAUGGAGGCUUAGUACAAUAUUUCGGCAGAUCCGAGAAACUGUGCGUGCAAAACCUCUUUAAACGAGACAAUCUAGUUCGAGAGAUCCAGUUGAUUAUCGAUUGGCUGGAGAGCAACGCGGCCGAUCGAGACGACGAGGUGCUCCAUUUCGCAGACAGUACUAUCGGCUGGGAAAACACGCUGCAUCAAUUGCAAAGCGCCGAUACGAUUGCUUUCAAAAGCACCAGGCAAAUCGUUUCUCGCAUGGAUCCUGACGCUCCGAAUUACGAGAAGAAACCGUUGCACGAUCUCGACGUGGAGGACGAUAAAAGAUUAUCGGAGAGGAUUUUCAGGUUGAUUCGGUGCGGUAAAUUAGAUGAGGCUCAAAAGUUGUGUCGAUACUGUGGUCAUUCGUGGAAAGCUGCUUUGUACGAAGGUUGGCGACUAUUUCAUAAUCCGAACAUCGAAGAAGACGAUGAACUCAAUCCAGGAUUGAACACCGAGGAUGGUUCGGGAUCGAAGGAGAUGAAGGAAAUCGAAGGGAACAGUAAUAGAGAUAUUUGGAAGAAUAUAGCGAUGAAAUUUUGUCAACAAGAAUAUUUGAAUUUGUACGAAAGAGGAACAAUCGCCACGUUCUGCGGCAAUUUGAACUCCAUGUUGAAAGUAUGCGUGUCCUGGGAGGAUUGCCUGUGGGCUUAUUUAAAGACAAUGAUCGAUAUUCGAGUGGAAUCUGAAGUAAGAGAUUGUGUCAGAAGGAACAACGAUUAUUUGCCUCUACCUGAGGAAUAUUGGUCCCAAAGGAUAUCGUUGAAUGAAAUAUUUUCGAAUCUCGAGGCCUCUAAAAACUCCAGAGUACGAGAAGAGGCUCGCAAGCCCGAUCAAAUCGUCCAAAAGCACAUUAUUCUGGACGAAAUUCCGGCGCUUUACUUAAAAUUCGAAGAAUGGAUAGAAGAAGAAAACGUGCAAACGAAUUUCCUAAGAUUCCUCUCGCAUUUGGUACUGUUCUUUGAUCAAAUCGGCCAAGGGCACAACAGAGAAGUAUCGGAGAAAGUUCUGGAAGCUUAUAUUAAGAGGUUAAUGGAAAUGAACGAAACCCAACUGGUAGCGUUCUACGUCAGCAAACUGAGUUCCCUGAAUCAAAUCCACAUUUACGCUAAGUACUUGGAAAAAAUUAUAGACCAAGAAGAGCGGCAAAACGCCCUGUCUUUCGCCGAAGAUAGCGGAUUAAACGUUACGGCCAUUACUAAGCAAGUGGUUGAAAAUGUCAGAAAUAUGCCCCACGAAACUGAAGAGAGCGGCAAUUUACAGCACAAAAUUACAGAAAUAGAUAAAUAUAAAAUAUCCUGCUUAGACUGGAUCCUGUAUUAUCCUGAACAAAGGGCUGAAGCAUUGCGUCAAAUAAACGCCCUAAUAUUCACAUUUCUAACCUUAGGGAAAUUAGAUGCGGCCCAACUGGCACUAAACAAAAUACCUACAGAUACCGUCGAUAAGAUUUUAUCCGAUGGCAAGGUUGACAACUCGAUUAAUCGAACGAUCGAAGAAUAUUUGUGCUACAAGGCGUACUUAGAUGCUCAGAAUGCGUUCAACGAUUGGUUCAAGCACUGCAAAAGCCGUCCGAUGGCUCCGGAAAGUCUUCCGGAAAGCGCUUUGUUUCCGGAGAAAGUCGCUUACCAACACAGGGAGUCACAAUACAAGGCCGAACUGGGAAGGUGGAAAUUGACGGGUGAACAUUUAGCGAAGAACGCGAAAGCUAAAUUGUACAAUGUCCUCCUGUUUCCCGACGGUUGGUUAGUAGGAGCCGAUGAGGACGAGUACCUGCGCUCCACCUGCAUUCCAGAAAUAGUACUACUGUUAUACGCGGUACUAUCGGAGUCGGGUCAACACGAGGAAGCGGUACAAUUGGCGGAUAUCGUAGCAGCGGAAAAACACGGAAUUUAUAAGGUGUACUCGAAGGAGAAGCUCGGCGAGUUGUUGGUGAAACUUUGCGAAAGUUCCGUCGCCUUAUUAAAUGCAAAAAGAGAUCCUUGGGGUAAUGAAACGAGUGCUUGAACAUUUUUCAGUGUGUGUAUUU